AUGCUCCGGCACCGGUGCUGCGUCCUCACUCAGCUCCUCUCGUUUCCCUCCGCCUCUUCCACCUCCCAGAUCCACCGCCUCAUCUCCGCCGCAGCGCCCGCCCCUAGCUUCGCCGUGCAGGACUACCUCGUCGCCAGCUGCGGCCUCUCCCGAGCGCAGGCACUCAAGGCCUCCGCCAAGCUCUCCCACCUCAAAUCCCCCACCAAGCCCGACGCCGUGCUCUCCUUCCUCGCCGGCCACGGCUUCUCCAGCUCUGACGUCGCCACCGUCGUCGCGGGAGACCCCAAGAGGGUGGUCAAGCCCAAUGUCGCGACCCUGCGGGACUUGGGGCUGGCUGAUUGCGACAUUGCCAAGCUGUGCAUCCCUAAUCCAUGGCUGCUCACAACCAAUGUAGAAUCCAUCCGGGCAAUGGUGUCAUGCGCUGAAAGUCUUGGUGUGCCCCGUGGAUCUCGGAUAUUCAGGCAUGCCGUGUCUGCUGUUGCGUACCUCAGCGAGGAGAAGAUCGCCACCAAAGUGGGGUACUUGAAGAAGACCUUUAGGUGGUCAGAUGCCGAGGUCAGCAUUGCUGUGUCCAAGUUUCCAAUCUUGCUGACAAGGUCUAAGGACUCUCUGCAGAGCAGAUCAGAGUUCCUCGUCUCUGAGGUGGGGCUGGAACCGGCAUACAUUGCUCAUCGUCCGGUAUUGCUCUCUUACAGCCUGGAGGGCCGGCUCAGGCCCCGGUACCAUGUUGUAAAGUUUCUCAAGGAAAAUGAAUUGCUAGAUUGCGACCGGGACUACUAUUCUGCAGUAAUGCGGACCGAGAAGGUAUUCAUGGAGAAGUACAUAUGCCCUCACAUGGAAGCUGCACCGCACCUCGCUGAAGACUAUGCGGAAGCUUGCAGAGGCGAAGUGCCGACUAGAUUCAGAUUUGCAUGA